AUGGGUAUUGCGGAGAAGCUGGCAGAAUAUCGAGAGCUUAUGGCCAUCAAGCGGGGCCAUUAUGGGAUAGUGCACAAGGUGGAGCAUAUCAGCACGAAAAAAAUAUAUGCUAGAAAAACCGUCAAAUACGGGAAACUGGACCAGCGAGGGGUUGAGCUCAUAAUGCGUGAAGCUAACCUUCUUAGCCGCAUGAAGCAUAUAAAUGUACUAGGAUAUCACGACGUGGUGAUAGAUGAAGUAGAGAAAGUCAUCUACAUCUUUACCGAGUUCUGUAAUAAGGGUGAUCUUUUCCAAUUAAUCGACAAGCACCGAUAUCCUCGGACAAAUAUCCCCGAAGAGCGCAUAUGGAAGCUCUUCGGACAACUUCUACUGGCACUGGAAUACUGUCAUUGCCCCACUAAAGAGAACUUUGAGCUUGGCGAGAUCGUUAUUCAUAGGGACAUCAAGCCGGCCAAUAUUUUGAUAACGAAUGAUGAUGUGGUAAAGCUUGCCGACUUUGGAUUCUCUCGGUCGUUUAAUUCCUCAGACAUGCUCAAAACCCAAUUGGGUACGCCGAGCUACACUGCACCAGAGGUCCUCAACAAAACGCCCUACAAUGAGAAGGCAGAUAUCUGGUCUCUAGGGUGCGUUAUAUUCCACUUAUGCAGCCUGGAGUUUCCAUUCCAGGCCAUGACCCACGCAGACCUGGCACGCAAUGUCCGCGAUGGAAAGCGACGCCCAUUUCCACAAGGCAUAUACAGCAAGGAGCUCGAGGAACUGGUGGAUUCGAUGAUGAUUGUUGAUUAUACCCAGAGGCCUAGUGCUGCCCAGUUAAUUCGUCACCGGAAAUUCAUCGAGCACGGGGUCAUCACGGCCGACUAUCUCAAUACAAACCCCACCGAGGAGAUUGACGACAAGGCUAAGAUGAUUGCCGAGCUGAAGAUGUGUCUAAAGAUGAAGCAGCAAGAGGUCGACAACCUGGAAGACGAUUUAUCAAACAAUAAGGAGAUAAUGGAAGCAAUGACGAUUACGAAGACUGCAAGUGCGCCCUCUGGGACUGCCACGUCAAGCGCAGAGAGCAAUAACGAUGCAGUAGAAAAGCUUCGUGCAGAACUUAGUUUACAAUCAAUGCGGGUAAAGCAAUUAGAAGCAGAGAAUAGCGAACUUCGUUCGCAAAACACCAUUUUGACAAAUAAAAUUCUCAAAUUAGAAGAGGCUGCAAGGCGGGUCGCUCAGGCCCAAUCUGCAAUCGCGUCAGAUGGUAUGACAGCUCUGAUGCGUGCAGUUCAAAUGAAUGACAUUGCUGGAAUCAAGGCUCAUAUAGCAACAGAUGCAGGGAAAAAGAACCGCAAAGGGAAAACUGCCUUAAUGAUGUGUAGCGAUACCGGAAAAACUGAAGCUGCGGCACUUCUUAUUCCGUAUGAGGCCGGGACUAAGAUGUCCGACGGCACUACAGCUUUGAUUCUCGCAGCAAUAGCGGGUCACGUUGACAUUGUUAAUAUUCUCAAAAAGAAGGAAGGAAAGAUGCAGGCUAGACAGGGGGACACUGCCCUGAUCAACGCUGCUGUUACUGGGCAUGCAGAGGUUGUGCGCGCCCUUGUAGAAAUCGAAGCCGGUCUCCGCAUGGACGAUGGGCGUGCAGCCAUCCACAAUGCCGCUUAUAAGGGCCAUCUCGAAUGUGUCAAGAUCCUGCUGCCAUACGAGUACCACAUGCGCGAUAAAUCUGGCCUGAGUCCCCUCAAGUACGCUAGCAAAGGAAAGCAGGAGGCUGUUGUUGAUUAUAUAAGAACAUGGCUACAGACUAACAACAAGUAG